CAAACUCUGUUUCAUCACCUAAGCGCGAAAACCUCCCAAAUUUCAAAUCAGCUGGACUAUCAAUUUAUCAACGGAUGGCAGCAGAUGAUAGCUGGACUUAAGAAUAAUGAUAGAUAAUUAGGCUUCGCAACAGGAUAAGAAAUACACAGAAGGGGUUCAGUCCUUAUCUGGUCGACUAUCUCUUUGAUUUUCUCAAUCUAAAGACGUUGUAACUAUCGUGAACGAAGAUAGUUCAGCUCGAAGAUGCCAGUCAUUUUCCAAUUCUGAUCUUGUGUAGUAAUGAUGCUGCGUAAAGUCCAUUUCUCUAAGAAACUCAUUAACGCUGUAUUUCUAUCAACGGAGUCUGCCACCUCCACAAUUCAGCAGCCUUCACUAAAAUUACAAAGAUUCAGGCAACGAUUGAAGAAUGACGCCAGUAGCAGUAUUCUUACGGAUAGUUUUGGCAGACAUCACACCUAUUUGAGAAUAUCUCUGACGGAACGUUGUAACUUGAGAUGUACAUACUGCAUGCCUGCAGAAGGUGUGACAUUGACCAAGAGAGAAGGAAUAUUAACAACGGAUGAAAUUUGUAAAAUCGCAAAUGUUUUUGUUCAGGAAGGUGUACAGAAAAUCCGCCUUACCGGUGGCGAGCCAACAGUGCGUAAAGACAUUGUCGACAUUAUUGGUCGUUUGAAGGAACUCGAUGGAUUAAAACAUUUGGCAAUAACGACUAAUGGAUUGACGCUUACAAGACAGCUACCGGCUCUCCAGAGGGCCGGUCUCGAUGGGCUUAAUAUUUCCUUAGACACCCUCAAGGAAGAACGUUUUGAAAAGUUCACCAGACGGAAAGGAUGGAACAGAGUUAUGGCAGCUAUUGAUUUAGCAGUGCAGCUAGGAUAUAACCCUGUGAAGAUAAACUGUGUCAUUAUGCGGAAUUAUAAUGACGAUGAACUGGUAGAGUUUGUGACGUUUACAAAAGACAGACCAAUCGAUGUACGCUUCAUCGAGUACAUGCCAUUUUCUGGCAACCAGUGGCAAGAAAAUAGAAUGGUUUCCUUCCAAGAUAUGAAGAGCAUAAUAAGAGAAGUUUAUCCUGAAUUUGGGGCGCUUAGAAAUGGGCCCAAUGAUACUUCAAAGGCGUAUAAAGUACCUGGAUUUGUGGGACAGGUGGGUUUCAUUACCUCGAUGAGCGAGCAUUUUUGUAGUUCGUGUAACAGAUUACGCAUUACUGCAGAUGGUAACUUGAAAGUAUGCCUCUUUGAAGGGAAGGGUGAAAUUUCAUUGAGAGAUGCCUUGAGGAGCGGAGCUUCUGAAGCAUAUUUAAAAGAAAUUAUUGGUACAGCUGUGUCACGUAAAAAGAAACAACACGCAGAUUCCCCACCAAAACACACAUACUUGAAAAGGCAUAAUAAUCGUCCUGACUGCUUAAAGUUCCAAAUAAGUAACCGCGCGAAAAAAGGCAAUUCUAAAACAAUCGGUGCAAUCCGACAAUACUCUACAUUGACUCAUGUGGACACAAAAAGUGGAAAAGCGAGCAUGGUGGACGUGGGUGAAAAAAAAAUAAGUAAAAGACUAGCCAAGGCGAGGGGAAUGGUCAGCGUGGGACCAACUAUUUGUAGAUUGAUAAAAGAAAAUAAUUUAAAAAAGGGAGACGUAUUAACGGUCGCACAACUGGCAGGAAUAAUGGCUGCAAAACGUACUUCUGACCUGAUACCCCUUUGCCAUCCUUUGGCUUUAAAUUACAUAGAUGUUCGUCUGACGCUGGACGAAAAUCUAUUCACAGUGGAAAUUGAAUCAGAAGUUCGAUGUACCGGACAAACAGGUGUAGAAAUGGAAGCAUUAGCCGCUGUUAGUGUGGCUGCUUUAACUAUAUAUGAUAUGUGUAAGUCGGUGAGCCCUGCAUAUGCUAUGGUGAUAUCUGAUAUUUGCUUGGUCUCUAAAAUCGGAGGUUGUAAAGGCAAUUUUGACAGAACAGAUUCUGAGACUCAUGAAUAAAAUUAGACGAACAACAAUCUAUUUUACACCAGUUCUCUCUAUCGUCAUCUGUUGUCGUUCCUUACAUAAUAAUGGUUUUAAACAUCGACACUACUAGUUAUUCCAAUUUUUCAGAAAUGGAUUACGUGGCUUCAAAAUUCUGAAUACAGUUGGCUUGAAUUUUAUAUUCAUGUGUAAAAUCAUCCCGCGUAUAGGUCACAAAUUAUAAAAUUUAUACUGAAAAUUAUUGAUGACUCUGUCUAAUAAAUUAUAUGAAUGAAUAUACGUUUUUUGUUGAACGUCAUGCAUCUAUGUAUAUUUUUAUACGUGAACGUUAUACUUUAUGUUAAAUUGUUAUAUAUUUUAUGGGACAAUAAAAAAUUUCUUUAAAGGUUGGUGAACAUGAA